AUGCAAACAUCAAGGGCGAAACAACAAACCCUCGAUUCGCCUCAACAACUAACAUCACCUCAACUUUUUGUUCAUGAUGCCACAUUGUAUAAGGAACUUAUUGAUGGAAUUGUUUAUCCUGAUGAUUAUGUUGAUCCCAAUGAAGAAGUUUAUAUUCCUUCACCUCAAAAACCUUCUUCUGUGGACCAAACAUUAAAACCAGAAAAGACUAAUAGUGCUCCCCUAAGGAAAACAUCAAGUGGUACCUCAUCCACAAACAACAAGAAUAAUACAACAAGGAUGGAAACUAUGAAGGAGGAAAAGAAACAACAAACAGAGGCUUACUUUCAAAAGAUUAAAGAUACAACAGCAAAAAUCAGGUCUAAAAAGCAACUGGAAUCGGAAAAGAAGUUUCAAGAGUUGUGGAAUGAUAUUCUAGAGGAGAGAGAAACCUUCUUGAAAGACAUUAAUGAAAAAUUAGCUGCCUAUGAGGAAGGUGAUGAGAGAAAGAGACAACAAAUUUACGAGGAGUGGUGUGAAAGAGUCUUUGAUCCAAUUCAGAAUCAAAUUGAUGAACAUCUUGCCAAAUUACCAUUUGAAGAAGUAAAAAAGAAGAGACGUUUAAAGUUUGAAGAAUAUCUCAAUAGGCUCAAUCACAAACAUAAGAAUAAUGGUGGUGUAUUCAGAGAUAUUGUUCUUGAGGAUGAAUACGAUCCUUUCGAAUUGACAAAAGAUACCUUUAAAUACAAGACUAAAAAGCCAGGUGAAACCAAGAUGGUAUCAUCCAAUAUGAGAAAACAAGACAUGCUAGGUGUAGAACAAUACGAUAAACUUGAUGCUACACCAUUCGGUCACUAUUCCAAGAUGGUUCAACCAAAUUCCAAUUCAUCCAAAUUGGCUGCAAUUAAAUUAAAAUCAGGAGUAGAACUUGAUGAUUUUGCAAGAGAGGAAAAGAAUCCUUGGGAGAAUGUUAGAGGAAAGAAGGUUCUCCAGAAGAUUGAAUUGAAAACGACUGAACAACUCGCUAAUGGUUAUUCAACAGAGGCUAAAAGAAGAGCAGAAGCAAAGAGAACAGUCAUACCUGGUGCCAAAAAAUAG